AUGGAGGCUUCUAUCGCUGCCUUUGAGCUUGAAGAUCUUGAAACUGUUGAAAGAAGGGAAAGAUAUGUCCCAACUAGAAAUAAUGACCUAGAAGAUAAGUUGGAAUCUGAUACAGAUAGGAACAAUGCUUUAACUCCGACGGAAAAAGUUUUAACUGCUGUAAGAUUUUAUGCAUUUGGAAACCAGCAAAUUAAUUUGGGAGAUACUCAAAAAAUGAGCCAACCUUCAGUCAGCAGAAUUAUUAGCGAGGUAUCCCAAUGUUUAGCGGAAUUGAGGCCACAAUACAUUUAUUUACCUCAAUCAGAAGCAGAAAGAAUGGAGGUAAGCCGAUCAUUUUAUAGCAAGUUUGGAUUCCCGUCUGUGUAUGGGGCGUUGGACUGUACCCUAAUUCCUAUUUUAAAGCCUGGAGGGCCACAAGCCGAAACCUUCCGCUCAAGAAAAAAAAUUUUUGCAUUGAACGUUCAAUCAUUGGCAGAUUCAGAUCUCUUCAUUCGAAAUAUUGUAACAAGGUGGCCCGGAAGUACUCAUGAUAGUACUGUCUUCGACCAUUCAUAUUUGCGUGCACACUUGGAGACUGAAGUACCAUUCAAAUACCAUGUUCUGGGGGAUAGUGGCUAUCCAUUAAGGCCAUAUUUGAUGACACCUUUUUUGCACCCAACUGGAGCAAAUCAAGUCAGAUAUAAUUCUACGCAUGCAAGAGCCCGCAAUGUUGUAGAACGUCAGUAUGGUAUUUGGAAGCGGAGAUUUGCCUGUCUGGACGUACCUUUUAGGUGUAAGUUACAGAAUGUGCAAAAAAUCAUUGUCGCCACUGCUGUCCUUCAUAACUUAGCUCUGACGAUGGGUGACCAUAUUGAAGAGAAAAAAAGUGUUAGUGACGACGAUGUCAGAAAUAAUACGCAUCAAUUGGCUGGAAUCACCAAACGAAAUACAAUUGUUACAAAUUUUUUUAACUAAUAUUUUUUCUAUAUAUACAUGUAAACU